GAAGAUAAACUUCACUUUGCAAUUGAGGAGAUCUCUCGAAUUGAAAGUCAGCGGCACGAGCAAGCACUUGAAGUUAAACAAGCAAUCAUCGAGCGGCUUGAAUUGGCCUCGCAGCAACUGCAAAAAGUAAGUUUGCACUUUCUUUCAUCUCAAUACUGA